AUGAUUAUGAACGGCGAGACAGAGAAUAUGAUGAAGGACUAUGGGAAGCUCGUGGCAUGGAGCGAAAACCCAGAUGCCUUUGAAUGGACGACGCAACAAAAGCAGUGUAUUCCUGGAGAGGGCCUGCUGAUACUGGAAAUACAAGAGCGACUUUUGACAUUUCUUGUACAAUGCUGCACGCAGCUUCUUCAUGAUAUCCCGGAGCCCACCUUGACCAGUGACUCCUUCCCUGUUUUACCGGAACUGCCCCUUGAACGCGAAGGUGAGAUAAGCGGUUUCGAGUCUUUGGGUGUGAUGGCUGCAGAAGCCCCAUACCGUGCCCCAGCACAACUGGAUCUUGCCCUUGUUGAGUCACUGCUCGCCACCAAGGCGUCGGCUGUAGAGGAUCACGUGUGGUCCUUACGCGAGGAUCCCGAGUAUUUUUUUAGGACACUUCAAGAGGCCAAGGACCAUCGUCAGGAGACUUUGAAAGAUCUCGAUGGCAAUACCCACCCACUCAUGAACCGUGAUCGGGGGAAAUCUGGCAGCCAAGCGAAGAAGUUGGUCUCGUUGCAAAAACAGUAUGCUGACGAGAUCUCGCCUUCAAGAGGUUUGCCGGAGGAGUAUCUACACGCAUUGCUCCGGUUCCGUUAUUACCUCCGCCUUUGGGUCACAGAGCCAUUAUCUAAUCUCAGAUAUGGAGUUUUGGCCUCCCCACCUUUGCGGAAAUACUUCGCUCGCCUGCCACCCGAUGCCCAGUCGACAAAUAUCUCGGUCGUGCUCAAAUGCGGCCACAAGAUGGGAAAGGUGGAGAAAAGGGUGAUUUGGCUACUUCGCACUCUGUCUGAGAAUGGCCCUUGCUUGUCUUCGGUUGGUAUGCCUCUGAUUGUGGACGAGCUAGAGCGACUCCUCCAAUCAGAUCCAAGAGCUCGAGACCUACUCUCUUCAUACGUCACCACGGUGGUUGGUGACAUCUCCAUCAUUUCCCAGUGUUUACACCAGUUGGAGACUUAUUACCCGUGGGCCCGGGGAUUUGCCAUUGAACUUUCUCAGCGCGAGGCAAACUUUGAGCAGGACUGCGUAGAGUGGACCAAGCCAUGGGCACAGGUCGUCGAGAGCCUUCGGCGUCGUACUAAGGAGAGUGUGGCGGCGCUGCGCAACGCUGAAGCCCACCUGGAUGCUUUCUGGGCUGAUAUUGACCGGGUUAUGAUCGGCUUUAGCGAUAAGUCGAGUCGCACGGCUGUGUGGAGUCUCCUCUCCCAGCAGCGCAUCUUAAAGCGCACUACAGAGUGGAUUGAGCCGAUAAAGCCUUCGACUGCAGGAACUGCGGAUAUUAAAGGAAAAGGCGCCAUAGAUACCUACUUCGCAUACGAUCCUACUUCUCGAGUCUCUUCCAACCUUUUGACGAAAUCACUCGAUGUCACAGAACCCAGAAGGAAAGUCAAAACCCGUGGAAUAUCUCAGCCCCCCGUAGCCAUUGCAGAAGCGGAAACUCUCACAAGACCCGAUACUGCUGGUCGUGAACCAACGCUUUUUGUUGAUGAGCGUGCGCUCAAGGUCUUCCAAACAAUCUUUUUCAAUCCUACUCUGACAUCCACACCGGGAGAAGUCCCAUGGAACGACCUUUUGCAUGCAAUGACUUCAGUUGGGUUCACGGCGAUGAAGCUCUACGGGUCGGCCUGGCAGUUUCAGCCGACCAGGCCGAAUUUCAAGAGGGGUAUACAAUUCCACGAGCCCCAUCCGCGGAGGAAACUCCCAUUCAGAGUUGCUCGCCUUUAUGGCCGCAUGCUAAACAGAGCCUAUGGUUGGGACGGAUAUAUGUUUGCCUUGGCAGGGAAGUGA